AUGGACAGCGACGACCCUAUUGCCGCGGUCUACAAAAAGAUCGAGCGGGAGAAGGCCCUGAUCGCCGCGGCGAGCAACAUGCGGCAGUCGACCGACAAUCCGCUCGUGCAGCAGCGAGUCGAUGCGAACAUCCGCGAUGGCUGGAAAAAUAUUGCCUACCUCGAGGAGAAGAUGCAGGAAUUGCAGAUCCGUCGCAUGGAACAGGAUGGUGGCGGCUCGCCUACAGGCCAGCGCCGCGGGCCCGGUGCCGGUGGGAACGCUCCCCCGCCGCCUCCAAAGGACUAUCCCGGUGCCGGUGGGAAAUACGGUGAUGGCUAUGGCUACCCUCAGGGAAGCACGGGUAGUAUGCCUUCUGGUGCGCCGUACUCGGAUCCGCGGCCUUAUGCUCCUAUCCCCAAGGCGAGGCCGAAUUAUACGAAGUUGGAUUUGAUCAAAUAUGACACGCCCUACCUCGGCCCCAAGAUUCAGCUCAUGCUGUCCCAGCUCGAGUUCAAGCUGAGCGUCGAGAAACAAUACAAGGCUGGUAUUGAGAAGAUGGUUCGCCUGUACCAGGAUGAAGGCGACAGGAAGAGCCGUGCGGAUGCUGAGGGCCGUCGCAUCGAGAGUAACCAAAAGAUCCAGCUCUUGAAGCAGGCUCUCAAGCGAUAUGAGGAUCUCCACGUCGACAUUGAGUCUUCUGAUGCGCCGGAUGACGAAUCGCUCAGCAGUCCGAACAUGCGCAAGCCGCUAACCGGUCUCUUGACCAUGCGAAUCCACGCUGUGAAAGAUGUCGACCACGCCGCAAGUUCACGAUUCUCCCGAGGCCCGGAGACCUUUGUCAUCGUCAAAGUGGAAGAUGCGGUAAAGGCCAGAACCAAGGCCAGUCGGAACGAUAAAUGGCUCGACGAGUCAUUUUCGAUCGAUAUCGACAAGGCCAAUGAGAUCGAGCUUACUGUAUACGACAAGUCUGGAGACCGCCCGACGCCUAUCGGUAUGCUUUGGGUACGCAUCUCCGACAUCGCGGAGGAGAUGCGUCGCAAGAAGAUCGAGACCGAGCUGGGUGCAUCCGGAUGGGUUUCGGCAGACAAGAUGGAGGGCUCAGGAAUGCCUCGACCUGACUAUUCUGGCUCCACACACGGAGGGCCUCCAGGACAUCCCAGCUCGGGUGGCCGACCUGGCACAGCAGGCCAAGGGCAUAGCGAGAUGCCGGGUGCUCCUCCUUCCGUCAUGAUUGAUUCAUGGUUCGCUUUGGAGCCGUUUGGUCGGAUACACGUGUCAAUGAGCUUCGCCAAACAACUCAAGGAUCGUCGACCCUUCGACAUCGGUCUCAAUCGACAGGGCGCCGUGCGCCAAAAGAAGGAGGAGAUCCACGAGAAGCAGGGCCACAAGUUCGUCACUCAACAAUUCUACAACAUCAUGCGCUGUGCGCUGUGUGGAGAUUUCCUCAAAUACGCGGCCGGAAUGCAAUGUGCGGACUGCAAAUACACCUGCCACCGCAAAUGCUACCCCAAGGUUGUCACCAAGUGUAUCAGCAAGGCGAACUACGAGACCGAUCCGGACGAGGAGAAGAUCAAUCACCGGAUUCCGCACCGCUUCGAAGGUUUCUCCAAUAUCUCCGCCAACUGGUGCUGUCACUGCGGUUACCUGCUGCCUUUUGGACGCAAGAACGCCAAGCGAUGUAGCGAAUGCGGUCUUACCUGCCACGCUCACUGCACUCACCUUGUGCCUGAUUUCUGCGGCAUGUCCAUGGAAGCUGCCAACCAGAUCCUGGAGACCCUGAUUCGCGCCAAGAAUCAUAACAAGUCUGCAUCUGUCAGUUCAGGUCUUAGUGGCCGUACCCUUCGCCCCAGCGGUCCCCCACACCCCCCUCAAGACAAUAUCCAUCCACCCAAGCCCUCCGAGGGCUACGGGGCGAUCCCCAGACAGGCUUCUGCAGAAGCAGUAAGCGCUGCGACUAACUCUUAUAUGACUCCACAGUCACCAUCUGUUGCUACCCAGCGCCCACAGAUCCCGCCAAAGCUGCCCUCUUCGGGUUCUGCUUCCACUGCCGCCACGGCCGCCGCAGUCGCGACAGGAUUGCGAACACCCCAGCAGACAUCAGUGGAUAUGGGCCGUCCCCCGCAAUCGCCACAGUCUCAGCAACCUCCUCCACACCAGGCCUAUGUUCCCUCCGCCUAUAAAGACUUCCCACCUUCGGGCCAGCCUAUGUCGGGUGUCGCACCUGGGCCUUACUCUCCGAUGCAGCCGCCUCAACAACAACAACCCAUGACGACUGUGUCGACGCAAAUUACACCGGCCGUCAAGGAGGAGGCUCCGCCAGCGCAGGCCAAGUCCCGGAUCGGACUGGAUCAUUUCAACUUCCUUUCUGUGCUUGGAAAGGGUAACUUCGGUAAGGUCAUGUUGGCUGAAACCAAAACUACCCGCAAGCUCUAUGCCAUUAAGGUGUUGAAGAAGGAAUUCAUCAUCGAAAAUGAUGAAGUGGAGAGCACCAAGUCCGAGAAGCGCGUGUUCCUGAUCGCCAAUAAGGAACGACACCCGUUCCUGUUAAACUUGCACGCCUGUUUCCAGACGGAGACCCGAGUGUACUUCGUCAUGGAGUACAUCAGCGGUGGUGAUCUGAUGUUGCACAUUCAGCGCGGCCAGUUCGGCCUCAAGAGGGCGCAAUUCUACGCUGCUGAAGUCUGCUUGGCUCUGAAGUACUUCCACGAGAACGGCGUCAUCUACCGUGAUCUGAAGCUCGACAACAUUAUGCUCACCCUGGACGGCCACAUCAAGGUUGCCGAUUAUGGUCUCUGCAAGGAGAACAUGUGGUACGGUGCCACGACCAGCACAUUCUGCGGUACACCCGAGUUCAUGGCUCCUGAGAUUCUUCUAGACAAGAGAUACGGCCGCGCAGUCGACUGGUGGGCAUUCGGGGUGCUCAUCUACCAGAUGCUUCUCCAGCAGUCUCCGUUCCGCGGUGAGGAUGAAGACGAAAUCUACGACGCCAUUCUGGCCGACGAGCCCCUCUACCCCAUCCACAUGCCUCGGGAUUCGGUCUCGAUUCUCCAGAAGCUGUUGACUCGUGAGCCCGAAUUGCGACUGGGGUCCGGCCCGACAGAUGCUCAGGAAGUCAUGUCUCACGCCUUCUUCCGCAACAUCAAUUGGGAUGAUAUUUACCACAAGCGGGUCCCGCCGCCGUUCAUCCCCACGAUCAGCAGCCCCACCGAUACCAGCAACUUCGAUCAGGAAUUCACGAGCGUGACUCCGGUCCUGACUCCCGUCCAAUCGGUGCUCUCGCAGGCCAUGCAGGAGGAGUUCCGCGGCUUCUCCUACACGGCCGACUUUGCUUGA